AAUACUGUUUACUUUGUAAUAAAAUAUGAUAACAAAUCAUAUAUAUUUUCCCGGAUGUGGGUAGUGGGGAGUCCUGGUUUCCCUAUUUUAUUUUAUAUAUAUAAAGAAGGACACAGUGUCGGGAGUUCAGUUUUAAAUUGAUUUGGCACUGCUUGGAUUAUAUUAACAGUAUUAUUUAAUCUUUUUGUGAUAAUUGUGAAACAAAAAUGAAAGUGUUCAUUUGUUUUGUAUUGAUCGCUAAAAUUAUGGUUGAAGCUAGCGAUAAAUGUAACGUCAUCCCAAUAGCCAAAUGGGCCGGAGAACCCACACUGCGAACUAAGAAACUACCCCAGUCUGUGCCUCUGGUGGUGAUUCAACACACAGCAUCCCCCGACUGUGUCACAGAUGAACAGUGCGAGGGUGUGCUGAGGGGCAUCAGGUAUUAUCAUCGCCAUGAAAUGGGGUUCCAGGAUGUUGGACAGUCUUUCCUAAUAGGUGGAAAUGGGAAAGUAUAUGAAGGGGCCGGUUGGACCCGCGUAGGAGCUCACACACGCAAUUACAAUAAUAGGUCCAUCGGCAUUUCUUUUGUGGGAAACUUCAUGAACAAGCUCCCGACCUCUUCAGCAUUGCAAGCCGCUAUGGACCUUAUUGCUUGUGGUGUCAAGAGCCAAUAUUUAUCUGAAGAUUACCACGUGAUGGGGCACCGACAACUGUCACCUACAUUAAGUCCUGGGGAUGCUCUGCAAGAAGAAAUAAACAUUUGGCCACAUUUCGUUCAAAAUAUAAGUUAAAUUAUAGUCUAUACUUUAGACUUAUCUGAACUUAUAUUGAUUAUAAUUUAUAGUUCAAAAUAUAAGCUGAUUUAUAGUAAUAUUAUAAUUAUUUUAUUCACGUAUAAUACAAUUUAAAUAUAUGAAACAACUAUUCCAAGUGAUUA